AUGGGGAACCCGACGGUGACCGCGAAGGUCGUCGCGAAGAAGGGCUGCAAGAUCCGGAGCGAGCGCAGCCUGAAGUCGACGUGCGUGGCCCUGCUCGCGCCCGGCACUCUCUUGUCGAUCGAGGGCUGCCUCGACGACGCUCGCGUGGCGACCAUAUCCCCGGUCGCUGGCUUCGCGAGCAUCAAGACGCUGCGAAUCGUCGACGACGCGUCGCCGGAGGAUCUGAUUCGCAGCGCGUGGCGCCACUUCCACCCGCUCCGUUCCGACGACGAGCUGGCGAAGACGCUCGACGCGGAGGCCGUGCGUUGUCUGCGCGCGCACGGCACGGAGCCCGCGGGCACGGGCGAGUACAACGCCUUCGAACCGCCGGGCGGGCGCGGCCGGUUCGACUGCCGCGCGUGCCGUUUUCCGCUGUAUCACGCGUCGCGCAAGUUCGCGGACCAGGGGUGGAUCGCGUUCGACCAGUGCUUCUUCACGGGCGACGUCGCGCACGUCGGGCUCGCCGCCGGCAACAUGGACUCCAUCGAGGUGCACUGCUCGAACUGUCGAUCGCACCUCGGCCACGUCUUCACGGACGGCGUCAGCGGCGAGCGGCACUGACUCAACUCGUGCUGCGUCGCGUACGUGGACGCGCCGCCGUCGCACGACUACGGCCAGCCGCUGCGCCAAGGCAGCAAGGUCGCGGCCAUCUCCGACCUCCUCAAGACCAUGUCCUCCUGA